AUGACUGUGGAGAAGAGAGCAUGGCAAUCUUUCAUUCCAGUCUGUUGCAAGGUUGAGAGUCCAUCUCCGAAGCACAAGAAACAGAAUAAUUCAUUACAAAGGCUGGUCGCUUUAUGGGAUUUAAGUUCUUCAGAGGAUCUCUCCAAUUCCCUAGCUGGAUCAAACCUUCAUGUGUUUACGUUUGAAGAGCUGAGGAUGAUCACACACAGCUUCUCGUCGAGUAACUUUCUCGGUGAAGGCGGGUUUGGACCGGUUCAUAAGGGCUUCAUUGAUGACAAGCUUAGACCUGGUUUGAAGGCUCAGCCUGUGGCUGUUAAAGUCUUGGAUCUGGAUGGCUUUCAAGGCCACAGGGAGUGGCUGACAGAAGUGAUAUUUCUUGGACAAUUGAGGCAUCCACAUUUGGUGAAGCUGAUAGGAUAUUGUUGUGAAGAUGAAUACAGGCUGCUGGUUUACGAAUACAUGCCACGAGGUAGCUUGGAGAAUCAACUUUUCAGAAGAUAUUCAGUAUCGCUUCCAUGGUCAGUAAGGAUGAAAAUUGCUCUUGGAGCAGCAAAGGGCCUUGCCUUCCUCCACCAAGCUGACAAGCCUGUUAUAUACCGGGAUUUCAAAGCUUCAAACAUUUUGCUAGACUCUGAUUACAAUGCUAAACUCUCCGAUUUUGGGCUUGCAACGGAUGGUCCAGAAGGCGAUGACACGCAUGUUUCCACAAGAGUAGUUGGCACUGAAGGCUAUACCGCCCCUGAAUACCUCAUGACUGGUCAUUUGACAGCAGCAAGUGAUGUGUAUAGCUUUGGCGUAUUACUGUUAGAGCUUCUAACAGGGCGGAGAUCGUUGGAUGAGAACCGUCCUCAGAGAGAACAGAACCUAGCAGUGUGGGCAAAGCCCCAACUGAAGAAUCUACGAAAGCUCAACCGGAUAAUUGACCCGAGGCUUGAAGGCCAAUACUGCGAAUCAGGUGCUCAGAAGGCAGCAUCAUUGGCUUAUCAGUGCCUAAGCCACCAGCCAAAGCUUAGACCAACCAUGAGCACUGUGGUAGACACAUUGGAGCCUCUAAAGGACUUCAAUGACAUUUCACUUGGACCAUUUGUGUACACAGUCGGUGAUUUGCAUAAAGAAAAUCCAAAAGUGAAGCUCUGA